AUGGUCGACGUUGAGAAGACGAACGCCCCCGUCAUCGCGUACGGCACCGACGACAAGCUCGGCAUGGACGACAAGGACAUGGUCGCCCACGUCGAGGUCAUCGACGGCAAGGGCGUCACCGAGUGGGACGCGAUCCGCGCCGACGCCAUCAAGGCAGAGGAUGCUGAGCGCUCCCUUGGUCUCAUCGGCUCGCUCAAGGCGUACCCGACUGCCGCCUUCUGGUCGUUCGCCAUUUCGCUCCUUAUUAGUGAGUCAACCAGCCUCAUCAAAGCUAAUUUCCGCAAGAAGUUCGGUCACUUCAACGAGAUGAUCGACGGCCAGCCCGACUACCAGCUCACGCCGGCAUGGCAGCUCGCUGUUAACCAGGCCCCCAACUUUGGUUGUCUCAUUGGUAUCUUCUUCGCGGGCAUCAUGCAGGACCGCUGGGGCUACAAGCGCACGCUUCAGAUCGGCCUCAUCAUGCUGACUGGCUUCAUCUUCAUCGUCUUCUUCGCCCCGACUGUCGAGGUCCUCUUCAUCGGAGAGUUCCUCUGUGGUCUCCCUUGGGGUGCCUUCUCGUCUUCGGCUGUCUCUUACGCGUCCGACGUCGCCCCCAUCGGUCUUCGCGGCUACCUCACGACCUACGUCAACCUCUGCUGGGUCAUUGGCCAGAUCAUCGCCGCCGGUAUUCUCCGCGCCGCCAACAACAUCCAGGGCGACCGCGCGUACCAGGUCGCCUUCGCGGUGCAGUGGGCGUGGCCGAUCCCUCUCUUCAUUCUCGUCACCUGCGCCCCCGAGUCUCCAUGGUACCUCGUCCGCAAGGGCCGUCUCGAAGAUGCCAAGAAGAGCGUUAGCCGCCUUGCUGCCAAGGGUUCCAAGGUCGACAUUGAUGCGACUGUCGCCAUGAUGGUCCGCACGAACCAGAUUGAGAUCGACCACAGCUCUGGCACCUCCUACCUCGACUGCUUCAAGGGUACCGACCUCCGCCGCACGAUCAUUGGCUGCAUGACCUGGAUGUGCCAGCAGCUCUGCGGAAUGUCGCUCUGUGGCCAGGCCGUCUACUUCUUCCAGCGUGCCGGUAUGGACAGCAACAACUCGUUCAACAUGAACCUCGGUGUCACCUUCAUGGCCUUUGCCGGCACGAUCCUCUCUUGGAUUACGCUGACCUACUUUGGCCGUCGUAUCCCCUUCGUCUCGGGCAUGUUCGUCAUGCUCGUCUGUCUCCUCAUCAUCGGCGGUCUCGCGUUCACCCACGACUCCAACGCCAAGUGGGGCCAGUCCGCUCUCGUCAUGAUCUUCGUCUUCACCUACGACUUCACCAUCGGCCCCCUCACGUACUGUAUCGUCGGAGAGGUGUCGUCGUCGCGUCUCCGCUCCAAGUCGGUCGGUCUCGCGCGCAACGCCUACAACAUCGUCUCUAUCGUCGGCGGCGUCCUCAACACGUACUUCAUGAACCCCACCGCGUGGAAUCUUGGUCCUAAGAGUGCUUUCUUCUGGGCCGUCUCGUGUGCUCUGGCCCUCGUUUGGUGUUAUUUCUGUCUUCCGGAGAUGCGUGGGCGUUCAAUGAGAGAGAUAGACGUCCUUUUUGAACGUAAGGUUCCUGCGCGCAAGUUCUCGAAGACGGAAGUCGACGAUCUUGAAGAAUGA